AUGCGGGAUGUAAAUAGUUUGCCUGGGGAUUUGCAAGACUACUCAAAGUAACUUUACCACAUUGUGCAUUCCCUUCUAAUUUUUAGCGCAGACGUAGAGGAGGCGCUUAGUUCAUGUAUGUUCAGUUAGCUCGCCUUUAUCCUGUCACAUAAGUCGUGCUUCCGUUGGAUAAUAAGCUGACGGAAGUUGAGGCUGACCUGCGUAGUGAACUAAGGAUGCUAAAACAAAUGGUAACUGACAUCACCAUUUUUAAUUGGCAGAGGGUUUGUCUUAACGACCUAAACCAGGAAGCCAGCAACCUGCGUGUAAAAGAAGAAAGGAAUAAGAGUACGCUGUAUUUGUUCUUGUUUUUUGCCAGAUGUUAAGAAUACGGACAAGGCCAAAGAAGAGGCCAUGAAACUCCUAAAGUCCGGCGCCAUUUCCUUUGGAAGCGCUACUGAAAAGCACGUUUUUAAAAGAAAGAUCAGGGAGUCGGACUUUUUGUCUGGUGAUGUAGAAGACGUUUCAGGUAAUUUUGUGUGCUUACCGGCGCAUGCAUAAAGGUCAACAAAAAAACAAAAGAAUGAAUCUUUACGACAACUUCGUCUAUGGUGAAAGAAUGCAGCCGACGUCUUCUCAGCCCUUGAAAAAGGAGCCACCAGAGCCUUAUUCAAGUGAUACCGCAAGCUCAAAUGAUGUAAAGCGCAGUGGGAAGUUCAGUCGCUCGCCAUUGGGCUAUGAAGAUCAGACCGGUGAUGUGACAGCAGCAAACAAACCUUUCAGUAGACAUGCUCCAGAGUCUACAUCCUCCAACUACUCUUCUCUUAAGGAAGACUCCAAUAGUCGUAGACGGGGUGGCACAACCAUACACAUAAAUUGUUGUGAUAUGUCCGAAUCCCUUAUUCGGCAAAUCCUAGAGCCUUAUGGACCCAUUCAACGUAUUCGGCUAGACGAGCGAAAGAGGUACUCCCUUCUUUUCCUAAAUGACAAUAUUUUUUGCGCAACCCAAACAGCUAUGACUACGUGGGUUGAGGGUGCGAGUUAACAGUGGAUGAAAUCAGUCUUACUGUGCCGAUCAUGUAUUUUAAAAGUUUUCAGUUUAUUGCGGCAAACGCAUUUUUUGUGAAAUGUGGAACUCGCCUUUGCCAGUGUGUGUGCGUGCUGCCUCUGGCAUCUUCAUAGCUCACACCCCUCCCUUUGUUACUAUUCAUCCACUAAGCUAAGUUUUUGCUUAUUGUGAUUCUUCCCAAUAUCUUCAUAAACUCGGGACCGGUAAACGUGCCUUUAAACAAGCCAUGGGGAAACUCAAAUCCUUCUGUUUGCUAUUGUUCAGAAUUCCGCCUUGUAGAGGUCGGUCUCGAUACUCAAUCCACACUAUCCGUCUAUUUUUUUCAAAACAGGGGUCGUUGUUUGCCGGUCGCAUUUUACUGAGUCUCUUAUUAAAAAUGAGUUUCUUAGCCUCUGAGCUUUGAUCCUUAUAAACAUUCUUCAAGGUUUCAUGGCAUCCCAUUAACUCAAAAUGAUUUAUUUUGCAGUUACGCACUUGUGACCCUCAGUUCUCCAGAGGAAGCAGAAAGGGCUCUUCAAGUAGGCACCCGCGACCUAACUUAUAAUGCAUCUUCUAGUUGGACAGAACUAUAUUUGAAAACCGCCGACUGCGUGUUAACUACGCUCGUCGCCAGUUUAAGUAUUCCAGUGAAGGAGAAUUAUCUCAUUCUGACCGGUAUCCACCUCCACAACGUUCUUUCGGUUAG